AUGGAUCCCAGCAUUACCAAGGCGCUCAACGACAAGCUCUACGACAAGCGCAAGAGUGGAGCCCUCGAGCUCGAGGGACUGAUUAGGGAUGCGCUCAAUUCGCAGGACCACGACAGGAUAGCCAAAAUCGUGCACCAACUCUGCCACGAAUAUGCGUACGCGGUUCACCAGCCUCACGCCAGAAAUGGCGGACUGAUUGGGCUGGCGGCAGCCUCGAUAGCAUUAGGACCCGAUGUAGCCCGCUAUCUUGAAGAAAUCGUGCCUCCCGUUCUCGCCUGCUUCGCUGAUCAGGAUGCUCGUGUCCGCUACUACGCUUGCGAGAGCAUGUACAACAUCGCAAAGGUCGCGAAGGGUGAGGUCCUUGUCUACUUUAACCAAGUGUUCGAUGCGCUUUGCAAGCUUGCUGCCGACUCUGAACCGUCAGUCAAGAAUGGAGCAGAGCUGCUGGACCGACUGGUCAAGGACAUUGUUUCCGAGUCUGCUGCUUCUUACGUUUCGAUACUGCAUACAUCUUCGCCUUCCGAUCAAGACCACAGCGAUGACCACGCGCAACAUCCGUCAGACCUGCCCACCGCCUUCAACCUCGAGCGAUUUCUGCCGCUCCUCGAAGAGCGGAUAAAUGUGCUCAACGCUUUCACACGAUCAUUCUUGGUGGCAUGGAUAACUCUGCUGGACUCGAUACCAGACCUCGAGCUCAUUGCUCACCUCCCACGCUUCCUUGGCGGCCUCCUUAAAUUUCUUAGCGAUUCGAACCAGGAUGUGUAUACCAUGACCCAAGUGUCGCUGGACAGAUUCCUUAACGAGAUCAAGAAAAUCGCGAGGAUCAAGAAGGGUAUAGCGGAUAGUAAGAAGAGUCAUAGCAAAGACGACCAUAGACCCUCCACCGCAAGCUCCCACAGUGAAGGACUCGAGAGCGACACCAGAAGUGGUACACCCCUUGAACAACGCGCAUCCGUCGACGAGACCGAAGACGCAAGUGGACAGAGCGGGUCAGUCACUGAUGGGAGUGAAAAGUCUGUCAACGGCGACGGCGACUGGGUGCCAGGUCAAGACGUUGUCGUUGAUCACCCAAAGAUCUUGGAGAUUCUUGUGGGCUAUCUUAGUAUCCCAUCAGAUCCGGAUGAAGAACAGAACGAAAUACUGUUGACAGCACUCCGCUGGAUCGACAGUCUCUUCGCUAUUUGUCCCGAGGAUAUCAUGCCUUUUGUCCCAAGUCUUCUGUCGAACGUACUGCCAAGGAUGUCCCACGACGUGGACACUGUUCGUCAAGCUGCGAUCAAGGUCAAUGGUGCACUCAUGGACUACAUCAUGUCUCUAUCAGAAGACAGUGGGCGAUCGGAAGGCACGUCUGGCGGGAUCCAGCUACCGCCAUCGCUCUCAGAAUUGGGCAAAGAGCUCACGGGCACAUAUCGACGAGAUUCGAACCUAUCAGGGAGGUUGCUGAAAGCAGUAGUUCGCGAACAAGCAACGAUAGCAGAGACACCAGGCACGCGGUCGCCAACCCCUGCAGAGGAACGUGGCCCCUCACCGCGCCCAAUACCUGAGCUCGAUUAUCAAGCAGCCGUCAGUGCUCUCACUUUGCAGUUUCUCAACGAGCACGAAGCCACUCGGGUCGCGGCUAUCGCCUGGCUAAUAAUGUUGCAUAGAAUGGCACCAGGCAGAAUACUCACCGUAGACGAUGGCACCUUUCCUGCGCUGCUUAAGACGCUCUCAGAUCCUUCAGAGGCUGUCGUUACUCGUGAUCUGCUCCUUCUCGCUCAGAUCUCGUUGCACAGCGACGACACUUACUUCAACUCUUUCAUGGUUAACCUUCUGAAAUUGUUCUGUACAGAUCGCGGACUGUUGGAAACUCGAGGAAAUCUUAUCAUCAGACAGCUUUGCCACACCCUUAGUGCGGAGAAGAUAUACCGUACGAUGGCCGAUUGCCUCGCCAAAGAUGAGGACGUCGAGUUUGCGAGCAUAAUGGUUCAGAACCUCAACAACAACCUCAUCACAGCGCCGGAGUUGGCAGAUCUAAGGAGACGACUUAGGAAUCUUGACAACAAGGACGGGCAGUCGUUUUUCGUCGUUCUCUUCAAGGCCUGGUGCCAUAAUGCCGUAGCCACAUUCUCACUCUGUCUUCUUGCGCAGGCGUACGAGCAGGCUUACCAACUUCUCCAAGUUUUCGCGGACCUUGAAAUGACCGUCAAUAUGCUCAUCCAGAUUGACAAACUCGUCCAACUGCUCGAGUCACCCGUCUUCACCUACCUUCGAAUUCAGCUCCUCGAGCCGGAGAAGUACCCGCACCUGUACAAAUGCAUGUACGGGGUGCUGAUGCUCCUCCCCCAAUCGUCAGCUUUUGCUGCUCUCAAAAACCGCCUCAACAGCGUGUCGGCUAUUGGGUACCUGCACAUUGCGCCGCGAACGAGCACGUACGUCCCCUCCUCUGCCAGUUCCCUAAACCAUUUGAGGCAAAAGAGCUCAGAAGUUGGUCCGUCCAGUGCGCCACAAGGCCCUUCGGUGCCAGGCUUCGAACGCGGCAAUAGACUCAAGGCAAGAGAUGAAGGCAGCGUCAAGUGGGUCGAGCUGCUGGAUCGAUUCAAGUCGACGCAGGAGAAGGCAAGACGAUCGCAGCGACAUGCGACUAUGGGUGACGAUAUGCCCAUGGGCCCUGGCUCGGUGCAUGAGAAAGAGAAGUCGCCUCCCGAAAUCCCGCCGAAGCAUCCUGGGCUACGGAGUAAUAUUCCUGUCGGGGGAGGAAUGCGACCUCCGCCGCCUUCGCCUGCGGGACCGAGUAUUCCGCCAGGUCACAAGCCUAGAUCCAGUCUCAGCAAUCUCGGACGAUUCGCUGGUGGUGUGGCUGGGAGGAAGAAAAAGUAG